GCUGCUAGCGGGUGAGUAAAGUUUAGGACGACUUGUGAGUUGUACUUUAUAAAUACCCGAGACGACAUGUUGGGAAAGGAUGGAUGAGGACAGUCUCCUAACACAGUACCAGAACUGGCUGCUUGCUUCCUGUGAAGGUGGAGUAACUACACUAUGCAGUAUUACAGGCCUACUCAGGGAUCGUUUGCUGGAGGAGCCAGAGUUACACGGUGCUCUUCGAAGUGAUGCCUUUUCUUUGAUUGCUUGCAACAUACGACAGAAAAAGGGGUUGCGUUCAGCUUUACAGGAUCUUGCCAAUGCCUUCAGUUUACUUGAACAGGCCUGUCUGCAUCUUUAUUUUACACCAUGGAGGAGAGAGUUUCAUACCAUAAAAACAUACUCUGGAUUGUAUGUGCAUGUUCUGGAAGCAGCUUUGCCUAAGGAUUCAAUCAACACAGUUCUUCAGAGGUUGGGCUACAAACAAGAAAAGGAUGGGCAGAGUUUCUUUCUGUCAGCUCUGCCCCCCAAAAAGACCUUGCCUGCAGUUGCACUUGGCUUUCUUGCUGCUCACUUGGAGUGCUGCAUUUUGUUAGACAUCCUUUCACAGACAGAUUCUGGUGAAGUGACUGGGAUUGAAUUAAUCAGAGAAAGGAGAAGCUCCCGUGGGGUGGCAUCUUGUGUAAGGAGGCUACAGAAGUUAUCAACAUCACCCAUUGCCAAAAAUCCCAGUAGCACAGAGACCUGGAAGAGUAGAGAAGGGUUCAAUUUGUCCCAGCCACAGUUAAAUGAUUUGUGUCAAAAGCCUAUUAUCCAACCCAUGAGGGAUCUGUGCAAAGAACAGCUGAAUACCCUGACACAAGUGGGGGAACUUGGGAAUGAGCCUACAUUUACAGACAUACAAAGUCAGAACCUACAUUUACAGACAUACAAAGUCAGAGGUCAUUUGGAAUGUAGUUUACAUGACUGUGUGUUCUCUGACCUCUCACUGGAUUUUGGAUGUUCAGAGUGUCAGGUGCAACACAGUGCAAACUGUACAGUGAUUGGAGGGUGUAUAUCAUCAGGGCAUAGUAUUUUUCACUUAUCCGUGUCUGAGAAGCAUGAGAUAGUAGAGGAAGCACAAAAGAAAAAGUAUAACAGGCAUUCUUGUCUGCAGCCAGGCAAUCUGCCUCAUUACCGCUGUUCCUUAUGCAAGCAGUUACACUACAUAAAUUGCGAGGAGGUAGCACAUUGUCGUGCACAGGGACACCCGGCAAACAUGAUCAUGUUGGAGAAGGAUCAGAGGAUGUGGCUAAAGCAGAGUGAAAGGGACCUAAAUUUCUUACACCUGCACAUUGCCAAGCAGACAGGAGAUGAAAACAAAGACCAAGCUUAGUCUGUAAUAUGAGGAGAAUAAAGAUUUCCAGUGUGAUAAAACGAUCCGUGCCAGCAGAGCAAUAACAUGUUGUGAAAGCAGCACAGCAAGUGAUCAUCUCUUAUAUCAAUCCUAAAUCUUUAUUGACCUGGUUCUAAAAACACCUUAAGGGCUGUGGAAGACGGGGAGAUUAGACGCCCGCGACAAAUCUCCGUUGUUGCAUGCGACUAAUCUCCUCAAAAUGCCAUCCCACCGGCGGCAUACACGGUGCAACGAUUUCCCCAAAAUCGCAGAAGUUUCCUCUCAAGGCAUCUUCCACGAUUUCGUGGAAAUAGUGGCGCCCCAUAUGCCAUCCCACCGGCAGUUUAAAUUUUCGCUGGUGGGAUGGUAUUUCGAGAUGUGAUGUGAUCGCAAAAAGAAAGCUGUUUAUUGACAGAAUCUGGAAAAGACAACAAUCAAGGGGUGGGUGCAAUCCACUUCCCAUGGAUCCCAACAGGAUAGUAGCAGUUAGUAAUGGCCAUUAAAGGGAAAGACUUUUACAUGACAUUAACGAAUAGGGCUUAU